UGCAGUCCAUCCAACAGUACUUUGAACAAAGACUAGUGCUUCAAGACAAUAAUUUUGUGAUGCGAUUAACAAAAAUGUGUAUGGAUAGUGAGUCAUAAAAAAUACACUGAAAUUGUUUUGAAGGUCGUUCAGCCGUUCCAUCAUAACAAUGGGUAACGUAAAAUCAAAGAAGUCUCAAAAAGAGAUGGAUAAAUUUUUCGAGAGGGAGAGGCAUAAAGAGAUAAAGAGAGAGGAAAAGAAGCGGAUAAAAGCGAAUCCCUUGAAUAAGAGAAUAGGAAUGGUGGAAGGUCCGGUGAAGCCUGUGGGUUUGACGGCGCCGGCGACCGCGUCUGUGGUGACUGCCACGCCCGCGCUGCGCUCCUACGACGACGAGGCUUUGGACCUGAUGCGGUACCAGCUUCAUUACGAUUCUGAUGCAUUCUUAUUGAAUAAUAUUCUUCUUUCGAUACAGUUCUUCAACAAUUACGAAAGUGAACUGAAUCACAUCAAGAAUAAUCCCAUUGGAGAUCGUGAACACGCUAUUAACGAUGAUAUGGUUCAGCAUCAUAAACACGUGUUCUUUGCCGACCGUCUUCAAGAAUGUGUAUUUGAGCAUGUGCGAUACGAACGAUCUAGAGAGAAGAUUGAACCUCUAGUGGCACCCAAGCUCUUCAUUAUCUAUGACAAUGUAGAAGCGAGUGAGCCUGGUGAUACUUCAGACUACAGUACUGUUCUGGAUGCGCCCUUCUACAAGCUAUGUAUUAAAGAUACUAAAGAACCAGGUUUUGUCAAUUUGCAAAAAUUGGAAAUAUUAAAGAGCAUGAAUAUGAAAGAGCCAGAAGUAAUAGCUCAUGAUAAUGAUGACGAUAGUAUCUACACUGAUUCCGAGAAGGAAUCUGUUGUAUCAGAUGAUAUAUCCGAGUCUACAAAAGGUCAUGAGUUACUGGAAAAAAUUAAAAAGAGAUUGGACGAUACAAAUUCAAAAGAUACAUUUGUAAAAGAAUAUGAUGUUUUCGUUAACAAAGAUACAGAAUUAUUAGGAAGAAGAGCUAGUGGCCCAAUAAAACAAAUGAGCUAUCAAGUACAAAAGAGUAAUAUUUCUCAUCUUAAUGACUUUAGAAAUACAAAUUCGACUUUACUAGAAAACAAAAGUAUGAAUAAAGAACAAAAUGUGAAUUUUGAAGAACAGAAAGAAGUGUUUAACGAAUACGAUAAACCUAGAAAAUCUAUUCUAAAAAACUAUACAAGAAGAUUAAGUGGUCCCGUAAAGGAAAUGAAAAAUACAAAUUUUCUAGUUGAUGUAAUAUCAGAGGAUACUGAAACAUCAGGCUAUAGAUCCAAUACAGGUAGUCGGCAAACAGAAUUAAGUGAAUCAGAAUCUGAUUAUGGAUAUUCAACUAUAACUCAGUCAACAACACCAAAGAAAAUCGAACUUAGUAUGAAGUCGACGUCUUUUAAUUCUGGCGUCCUUCCCGAAGAAUGUUGGACAUCUUUAGAUGUGCGUUUUGACUUUGAUGAUGACAAUGAAGAUGAAGAUGAAUUGCCACCAAACACUGUUCAGACGCAGAACUUAUACGAAACCCAAUACUAUUUAAAUUCUUUGGAGUUUAUGAGGAAUUUUGUAGAUAUUUUUAUAACCAACGUAGGUACUAGUUUAGGAUUAACUCAAGAAUCUAUAAGAAAUGCUUUAACACAAGGUGCUAGUAUUUAUUGUAAUGCUUUGAAAAAUGGACGUGCUUUUGGAUGCGAAAUAUAUCCAGCUAUUGUGGCAGCCUGGCCAAAUUCAGCAAACCAAUUCAUCAUACGAGAGAGAAAAAUUAUUCAAAAUCCUAGAACAAAUUUUAGUUAUCAAUGGCCUACUAAACAAAUGGUUCAUAAGACUAUCGAAUUGGGUUGCUUUCUUAUUCCUGUGGGUUUUAGACCAAAGCGAGGUUUAAAUCAAGAUCAAAAAUUACAAUGGAAAGUAAUAUUUCCGGCUGCAGAGCGUUAUUUAGAAAAAUGUUUAGCUCACUCUCAUGUGCGCUGUUACUUGUUUGCGUUAACUUUACAUAAAACGUUUAUGGAAAACGAGACUUCUAAAGUUGGCAUAGAUGCCAGCCAUUUUAAAAAUCAUUUGUUUUGGCAAUGCGAAGAUAACUUUGCCAAAUGGCCAGAAGAUAGAUUAGGGGAAUCGUUGAGAACAUUUCUACAAACAUUUUAUGUUCGUUUUGGUCAGAGUAGAUUUCCAAAUUACUUUAUGAAUAGCUGUAAUGAGUUUAAAAGUAUCCCAAAACCUCUCUUGCUUAAGCUCCAACGAAAAGUAGCAGAUGUAAUAGAAGCACCAGUGGCCCACAUUUUGUAUGCCCUUAGCAAACUGAAAUACAAUAAACGUGAUUUUUACCCAAAAUUUAAUAUUAACAAACUUUACGAGAUAUUAACCUGUAAGAAUCCUCUUCGAAUUGUUAAUCCUAGUUUGCCAUUACCAGCGCCGAAUUACGAUGAUUCCUCAGAUAGUGAAAGUGAAAACUCAUUUAAUUUUUGGGACAAAGCCAAAAUGUUCGAUAAAAAUUAUCGCUGGAAAAAGGAGAAACAGAGAAGACUCGAAGCUAAAAGAAAAGCCAUGUCCAGUAACAAGCAGAAGGCAGCUACUUCGAGAGAGAAAGAACUCAAUCCUAACUUUAAACUACCUGCAAAAAUGGACGUCGAACGUCGUCGACUAGUCUUGGAACUAUUUAUCCCCCACUUUAUUGCGAUGGCACGCUCCAGUGAAAAAUUCGAAGCCAUUGGACAAGCUAUUAUUUACUUAGAGCAAGCGCAUAGGCUCUGUUUGCUGUUGAUUGACGAGCCGGCUGGUGAUAUCACAGCCAAUGAAUAUCUAGAGGUGAUACGGGAUAAAUUAGCUGAUUGUCAAAGAAAAUUGGCAAAGCAAGGUGGCUAUAAGCUGCCACCCAGGGCAGAAAGUAAUUCGGAGAGACCUAUGCGUAAAGUAGUCCGCAAAAAUCGGCCUCGGUUCGACAGUACAGCAAGCAACUCUCCCAGUGAUAUUCCAGGCAUAUCGCCUUUCACUUUUGCCGAUGUACACGUUGAAGAACAAAAAAAGAAUGGGACUGUCACGUUUAGUGAAAUUCAUAACGAGGUAGAAGAAUCGAAAUUAUAACACUAAUGUAAACUUGGUUAUAUAAUUUUAUUUUUUCGUAAUAAAUAACACAAGAAUCUCUUAUUUAUCUUGUUAUAUUUUUGUAAAUGUGUGUAAAUAAGAAGAUACACUCCACAAAACGUUUCUGUAAAUAAGUUU